ACUAACAACAAUACAAGCUUGUAUUCAAAAGGUCAAAAUAUAUGUAGGGAUACAGAUGGUAUAGAUGGGGUCCUCUGGUGAUGACCCUGAUAUAGAUCCUGGCACCGAGGAUGAGGUGUCCGAGAUAAGGUUACAGAUGUCAGGAAGAAGAGGUGGCUCAGGUGAAGAGGGAGAGGUACAUGAAGAAGGGAAUAAAGAAAAUACCAAUCCUGAGAGACCAACACAGACGAGGGUCACAGAGACAAGCGAGAGAAUCAACAAGGUACAGACUGACAGAUUACAGGGUAUAGAUGACCUCUCGUCAGCCAUCAACAGCCUAGAUGAUCAUACGCAGGCAGGCCUCCAGGAGAUUAGAAAUUGUGUGGCCAACCUAAGUCGUGAAAGAACAGAGCUGCAAAAGCAUGUUAAGUCUCUUUCUGAUGAAAAGCGUCAUGUCUCAGCAGAGAGAGAUAAAUAUCGAGAGGCAGUGGCACUACUACAGCAGGAAGUUACAAACUUGAGAGAGCAGCUCAGUGGCCAGCAACAAGACAAUGAAGAGGUGAUGAGAAGAAUGCAAGAAAUGAGGGAGAGAGAGGCGAGACAUCUUCAGAGCAUUGCGGGAAGAAGUCGCAAGAGACGUCUGGCUCAUGAUGCUUUUGUGACUUGGAGACGGAAAGUACUUAACAAAAACCACGGCAACUCAAUACAGAUGUUAGUAGAGGAAAACAAUCAACUGCGUGCAGAACUGUUGCUUUGUCAAGAGGCAGCCAAGAAAGCCUUUCUUCGCAGUGCUAAUGUCUUAAAUUCUGAAGCCAUUACCAUGUUCCAGGAUGCAGCCACCCGUCGGCUGGGGCUUGAAGAAAAUUCAGACCAAAGUCAUUCUUCUAAGUCAUCCAGUUGUUCUUCUCAAGGCAGUCAGUGUGAGAAACCAGGUGACCAGGGGGUUGAGUCAGCUAAUAAAGAAAAUGGGGGGAGGUACAAGGAUGGAAGGGACGGCAGAAGAGACGAAGGACAGGCAAGAAGUGAAAGUAAAAGACCAAGUGGUGAUUUUAGCCACGUUUAUCAUUCUCACGGAACACUCAGACAGAAUGGUCGCAGUCAGCCAUAUUCAGCGUCUCAUAGGGGCCUGGAACGUGAACACUCAGACUCCCAUAUACCAUCUCCUUACCAUAAAACGUACGGAAGAGAAGACUUGGAUGAUUCUUCACCACCAAGUUCUAGUAGUGAAAGUUUAAGUCAUUAUCCAAGUAUGCACCAGACAGGGGCAUCAGGUCACCAAGGAUCAUUUCACUACAGGCCUGGAGCAUCAUCACACAGACUGGGAACAAAAUACACAGAUAUACGGGCAGACCAGGGGGCAGUACCAAAGAGAAGGCCGGUUAUAUCUGACUUUGCUCCAGAUUCCCUUCGGCAAGAAACUCGAGCUUAUCUGCAGCAGCUGCGCGAUGAAAGGAUUGUUAGAUCCGAGCUUCCACCUGCUUCCAGUUUUGAAUCACAACGAGCAACCCAGAGAGUGUCAUCUGCACCUAAGGACGCCGCUAAAACCAAAUCAUGCCAGUGCAGACCAACUAGUGUUAAAGCAGCUGGUACCCCUACUCCCUAUAAAUGCCCAUAUUGUACACCUAUCCAGAACUCUAGUUUUGGUCAUGCUAAAGAUCAUCCCAAGGCUAAUGAACAUCCAAGGCUGACCCAAGGCGUCUCCAACCUCACUCGCAAUACCAUCCUGACUGGUAUGAAUGCUGAUAAGAAAGUUAUAUACACGCCCAGUGCUUCUACAGUUAUUAUUGAAAAGCAUAUUUCUAAAUGAUUUUUACUUUUAUAUUAAAUAUUGGUAGUUAAUACACUUACAAAAUUUAGUCACCCUUCUUGUUGUAUUUUUGUACUGUUAGGGAUUUUAAGAAAUGUUCGUAUUGUAGAUACAAAAUAUUUUUAUCAUGUUUUAAGAAAUAUUUCUAGAUUGGAAUAAUAAAGUAAUAAAUGCUUUAAUUAAC